AUGACUAAACGACAGUUCACCGUGAGAUGCAUUGAGCACCUCUCGGUUCCUCUACUGCAACCCACAAGCUCCAAUCGCAGCAAGAGCCAGUUUAAAUCACAGUUCCCAGUAAUUGUAUUUGAAAGUGUCCUAAGUGAUAUGAGGACCUUUGGCCCUGGGACUGUAGGGGCUAAGGCUGUGUUCCUUCGAGAUCAGACCCUUCCCAGCACCACGAACACAAGCAGCUCUUUUGGAAAGGGCUCCAGGGAUACCAAGAAAUCAGAAGAGAAAUGCAAGGCCUUCCAGGAAAUUUGCAAAUACUUCUCUGAGGAGGAGUGGACAGAGUGGGGAACCAAAGAAAACACCUAUGUGUACAUGAAAAACAACUAUGACACCAUAACUGGUCUGGGUCUCAGGGCCACCCUCCCAGCCUUGUUGUGUCCUAAAAAACUUACACGGAAUUCCAUGGGCACAGAUCAGAACCCCAGGAAUCAGAAUGAACAUCAGAAGGCUUCCAAAGUCCAACAGAGAAAACAGCUGAAGAUAUCUUCCAAUCUAAAGAGCAACAGAGCCUUUCUCCCCCCUUGGAUGAAAGCAAGUACCUUUGGUCAGUGGAUUAAAAAGUCAGCAGGACCCUGGAAAGGGAAGAAUAACAUUUGGGCCCACAGACCAAGAGGAAAACAGAACCCAGUUGUCUAUGAAGAGAUUGGUGACCCCAAGGAAAACGACUAA